AUGACUACCUCAAUCAUAGACGAAUUAGAGGUCUAUGGUCGAGCAGCUGAUAUGGAGAAGGUUCUUGACCAAAUUUUGUCCAAGAGUAGUAGUCAAGGAAGAGAUGGGGUUCAAAUUAUCUCUGUUGUAGGGGCCGGGGAUCCUUUCGACCAGAAAAGGGUCACGAAAGCUAUCCUUGAGAAUGUUGGAAAAAGUUCUCCUGAUUUGUCAGAGUUGGAUCCGUUGAUCCGACGUAUAAAAGAAACUUUUUCCGGUAUGAGAUUCCUGCUUGUCCUAGAUGAUAUCUGGACAGAGGACGACUCAAAGUGGAAGCCUUUCCAAUACUCUCUCAAGGAUGGAGCUCCGGGAAGUGUAAUAUUGGUAACAACGAGGAGUCAUAAAGUGGCCACAGUGGUGGGAUCGACUGAUACUCACGACCUAGGCAUGAUCUCUCACUCUGAUUGUUGGUUAAUAAUGCAAAAGAUGGCGCUUGCCGGAAAAUCAGGGGACUUAUGCAAGAAGGUGGAAAGAAUUGGGCAGAAAAUUGCAGAAAAGUGCAAGGGGUUGCCACUUGCGGCAAAGACUAUGGGAAGCUUGUUACGGUUCAAAGAUACUGUACAGCAGUGGCAGAAUGUUUUGAAUAGUGAGGUAUGGCAAUUGGAGGAAGCAGCUGUGGACCUUUUCCCUCAUUUGUAUUUAAGCUAUAACGAGUUGUCCCCGGAGCUGAAACGUUGCUUCUCAUAUUGUGCUGUCUGGCCCAAAAAUAGUGUGAUAAAUGUAGAAGAGCUUAUUAGGCUGUGGAUGGCACAAGAUUAUGUUCAUCCAGGACUAAGAGGUGAGCGCUUGGAGCUGGUGGGCCGUGAGUACUUCAACAAUUUGGCAAUGCGUUCCUUUUUUCAAGAAUUAGGAAAAUUUGGUCAUCAAUAUGGCGAAUGCGUCAUGCAUGACAUAGUGCAUGAUUUUGCACAAUUUCUCACAAAAAAUGAAUGUCAUACACUUGAUGGAAUUGGAAGAAAUUCAUCUAGUGAAAGACCACGUCAUCUAACAAUUAUGGAAGAAGGCACUGAGGAGGAGAUGUUUAGUUCUCCAGUCGUUGAUUUUGGAAGGCUCAGGAGCUUUUUUGCUUUUUGUAGAAUUGGAACAGCAGUAGUUCCCCAAAAUCUGUUUUGCAGUUUAAAGUGCGUGAGGACUCUGACUUUAAGUCGUUGUGAGCUGGCUGAAAUCCCAACCAAGAUCGGAAGGUUGAUUCAUCUUGGGCACUUGGUCUUAAGUGGUAAUCCUUUCAUUACAAUGCCAGAAGCUAUUUGUGAUCUAUAUUAUCUGGAAACUCUGGAUAUCAGUCUCUGUGAUAAGCUUUCGUGCCUUCCUGAAAGGAUUGAUGACCUUGUACACUUGAGGCACCUUGAGAAUGCCGCGACCAAUGAAUUACGUCAAAUUCCACAAGGACUCGGGAAGCUGACGUCACUCUGUAGUUUGACUUGGUUCAUCGUCAGGUGCAACUCUGAUGAUUUGGUGAUUCUGAAGGACUUGAACCAACUGGAAAGAUUGGGCAUUAAAAUUGAAGGAGAAGUAGAUUUUGGGAGUGCGGAACUUGGCAAGAAAGUCAACAUGCGUAAAAUGUAUUUGCUCUUUAGCUAUGGAACCCACUUUAUAGAAACUCCAAGUUGCAUUGAAACCAUGCAACCACCUCCAAACUUGGAAGAACUUAGGCUAGAUAGCUAUCCAAGAACCCAGUUACCAAGUUGGCUUGUGACCAAGUCUCACGCCAAUAACUUGACGAAGCUGUGUAUCUAUAAGCUCCGCAACAUCUCAUCCUUGCCUGCUUUGUGGAAGCUAUCAUCCCUAGAAGUGCUUGUGCUCGAGGGACCGGAAAAGCUGGAAUGUUUGGGUAAGGAAUUCUUCGGAGUUACAAAAGCACUACAUGAGAAUAGUCGUGAUGCUCUUGAUACAUUGUCGGACUCCGAGUCAUCAUUCUCAGCUGAAGCAGUGGCAUUUCCAAAUUUGAGAGAAUUAUAUUUUCGCCACUUUCAAAAUUGGACAAAUUGGGAAGACUUAAGUGAAGAUGAUGAAGAAGAGAUGACUGGAUAA